AUGGCAGAGAUGAGACGGUUGCUCUUAGUACUGCUCUACGUCACCCACUCUUCUGCCAGUGAGUGUUGUGGCAUCCAGGAAACCAAGGUUAUAAAAAAUUCCGAGGAGGAUUUGGUCCUCAACAAGGAAUUCCCGUGGGUCGUGUUGCUGCAGGAGUCCCUGUACACUCCCCUGGCUUUUGGCAGCAUCCUCACUGAGUUCUGGAUCCUCAGCAUCGCAUCUGCCCUUCAGAACAGGAAGGAUAUUAUCGCUAUAGUUGGCAUAGCUAAGAUGGAUGCCAAAGUGAUUGCUCACAAAGAGUAUCCAGUCAAAACCAUCAUCUUCCAUGAGGAAUUUGAUAAUGAAACAAUGAGCAGUAACAUAGCCCUCCUGAAGACAGACACAGUGAUGCAGUUCAACAGCCUGGUCUGGCCCCUCUGCUUCCUUGGCAGAAAGCUGCAUAAAACACCAACCUUGCAGAACUGCUGGGUGGCAGGAUAAAACCCCAUGUCUGCAACAGGAGAUCACAUGACAAUGAGUAUCCUGAGGAAAAUCUCGUUGAAAGACAUCAACGUGUGCCCCUUACAUGAAUUACAGAAAACAGGAUGUGGCAGCCAGAGAGAGCAGGAAACCAAUGUUGACUGCUUGACCUGAUGUGUUCUGUCCUUUGUUGCGGGAGACCCAGGAAACCCAAUGAUGUGCCAGCUACAACAAUUCAAUCUGUGGGUGCUAGCAAUCCUGAACCAAGGUGGUGAGAAGUGCCCUGGCCUAUUUCUGUACAUCAAGGUGGAAGACUACAGUGACUGGAUCACAUCCAAGACUAAGAGGGCCAGUGCUCCUCUGUCCUCCUUCCGUCACUGGGGGAAUUCGAUUCCUUUCUCUGGCUAUAAAGCACAAAAUGCUGCUGUGACAAAGAGAAAACAUUCUGGGUUGGGCCAGCUUGGAUGGUCCCAAACAUACUUCCAAGGGCCAAAAAGGGCCACCAUGUAUUCAUGGCCAGUAAACAGCUCUAGAGAGAGACUAAACCUUAGGGGGAAAGGUUUAAAAGAAUCGGGCACAUCUUCUCGGGUGGAUGUACAACCCAUGUACUAUGACUAUUUUGGUGGCGAGACGGGAGAUGGGUCUAUGUCGGGCCAGAACAGGGUACAUCAGCCCCAAGAAAUGAUCUUAUUUUCCUCUGUGCUUGUUUUCUUUUGCAGUGAUAUCUAGUCUAGGAGCUAACCCUCCAAAUUGAAGAAAAGCAAACUCAGAAUGCUGAGUGCCAGGCAUUCACCAGGCUGUUUUGGUGUCUGUUUUUGAUAGUUUAAACACCUGGGGUGCCGCAGACAGGCCCACAGCUCACACUGGGCUGACUCUCCCUCCUCUGUCCGUCCCACUCCCACAUGCAGGAAGACAGUUUCCUUUGUGCUUAUGAACUAAAUGUGGGCUAAGAAAUGUCAAACCAUUAGAGUGCCCU